AUGGGACAAAAUUCUUCCAUUACAAGAUAUUUCAAUCGAGUUCAUACACCUAUUAGAACAAAUCAAAAUGAAACAUCUAUGGAUAAUAAUGAGAGGCGUAUUAUCACAGUAAAUAGUGGACCACAAGCAACAAAAUUCAUAUCAAAUCGUAUUAGCACGAGCAAAUAUUCGAUUUUAACUUUUUUACCGAAAUUUCUAUUUGAACAAUUUCGUAAAUACUCGAAUAUUUUUUUUCUUUGCAUCGUCAUAUUUCAACAAAUUCCUGGUGUAUCACCAACUGGAAGAUACACAACAGCAGUUCCCCUAACAUUCAUUCUAUGUUGUGCUGCAAUUAAAGAAAUUAUCGAGGAUGUGAAACGUCAUUUUCAAGAUGAUGAAGUGAAUCGUCGACGAGUUUUAGUUUAUCGAGAUGGUGCUUGGAUAUAUACAAUUUGGUCUGAAGUUAAAGUUGGUGAUAUUGUGAAACUAGUCGAUAGAGACUAUUUUCCUGCUGAUCUCGUUUUAAUUUCCUCUGGUGAACCAAAUGGUAUAUGUUAUAUACAAACAUCAAAUUUGGAUGGAGAAACAAAUUUGAAAGUUCGACAGGGUUUACCACAAACUGCUCAUGUAUUAUCCAGUGUUCAAUUAAAAGAGCUGCAAGGAACUAUUGAGUGUGAAUUACCCAAUCGUAAUCUAUAUGAAUUUGCUGGAACAUUAAAGAUAAAUAGUGUUGCUUUUCCUAUUCCAUUAUGUGCUGAUCAAAUACUUUUACGUGGUUCACAAUUAAAAAAUACAGUGUGGAUCUAUGGUAUCGUUAUUUACAAUGGACAUGAUACAAAAUUAAUGAUGAAUUCAUCGUCAGUUCCUCUUAAACGAACGAAUGUCGAACAAGUGACUAAUAAACAAAUUUUAUUUCUAUUACUCAUAUUGAUUAUCUUAUGUUUAUUCAGUACUAUUGCUGGAGAAUUUUGGAAUUAUAAAAAUAAAGAUGCACAUUGGUAUAUUGGUUUAAAUAUUGGUGAAGAUCGAGAAACUUGGAGACAUAUUGGUUUUACAUUUUUAACAUUCUUUAUUUUAUUCAAUAAUUUAAUUCCAAUUUCAUUACAAAUAACAGUUGAUUUUGUCAAAUUUAUUCAAGCUUAUUUUAUUAACUGGGAUCGAGAUAUGUAUGAUCCAGAAACAGAUACACCAGCAAGUGCAAGAACAUCGAAUUUAAAUGAAGAACUUGGUCAAGUUAAAUAUAUUUUUUCGGAUAAAACCGGAACAUUAACUAAAAAUGAAAUGAUUUUUAAACAAUGUUCUAUUGCUGGUAUUAUGUAUGGAUCAGGCAAUGUAGCCGAAUUUAAUAGUUAUGAAUUAUUAAAAAAUCUCGAACAACAUACAACACGUGAUGAAAUUCGUGAAUUUGUAACUUUACUUGCAACAUGUCAUACAGUUGUACCAGAAAAUAAAGUACAUACUGAAUUACCCACCGAAGUAGUUUAUCAAGCAUCAUCACCAGAUGAAUUUGCAUUAGUUACUGCAAUGAAACAAAUCGGUGUAGUUUUUUUCAGUCGAACACCAGAUAGUGUGACUAUUAAUUUUCGGGGAGAAGAAGAGCGAUACGAUAUUUUAAAUGUUUUGGAAUUUAGCAGUGAUCGUAAACGAAUGAGCGUAAUUGUUCGCACACCACGUAAUGAAAUAAAAUUAUAUUGUAAAGGAGCUGAUAAUGUUAUUAUGGAACGUCUUGCAACGAAUGAUGAAAGAGCACAAUUAACAUCCGAACAUUUAGAAAGUUUCGCUACGGAAGGUCUUCGAACAUUAUGUCUUGGUUAUCGAAUUUUAACUAAACAAGAAUAUGAUGAAUGGUUAGUUGAAUAUCGUCAAGCAUCAACAGCUAUUAAUAAUCGAAAUGAUUUAGUUGCUGAAAUAGCAAAUAAAAUUGAACAAAAUCUGAUUUUACUCGGCGCAACUGGAAUCGAAGACAAAUUACAAGAUCAAGUACCAGAUAGUCUUAUUAAAUUGCAUAAAGCUGGUAUUAAGAUCUGGGUAUUAACGGGAGAUAAAAAAGAAACUGCUAUUAAUAUUGGUUAUUCAUGUAAAUUAUUAACCGAUCAAAUGUUAAAUAUAAUAUUAGAUGAAGAAAAUCUCGAAAAUACACAAAGACAAUUACGACAACAUUGUCAAAGAUUUGGUGAUUCAUUAUGUCGAGAAAAUCUUGCUUCGUUAGUUAUAGAUGGACUAACACUUAAAUAUGCAUUAGAUGCAUCAUGUCGAUCAGAUUUUCUUAAAUUAGCUAUAUCGUGCAAGACAGUCAUUUGUUGCCGAGUCAGUCCAAAACAGAAAGCAGAAAUUGUUGAACUUGUUAAACAAUCAACCGAUGCAAUUACAUUAGCUAUUGGUGAUGGAGCUAAUGAUGUUGGAAUGAUACAAACAGCACAUGUUGGUGUUGGAAUAAUGGGUCGUGAAGGUGUACAAGCUGCAUGUGCAUCAGAUUAUACAAUUGGACAAUUCCGGUUUUUAACAAAACUUUUAUUUGUACAUGGUGUAUGGAGUUAUCGUCGUUUAUGUAAAGUAAUACUUUACUCAUUUUACAAAAAUAUUUGUCUUUAUGUUAUGGAGCUUUGGUUUGCAUUUCAUAAUGGAUUUUCUGGUCAAAUUCUAUUUGAACGAUGGACGAUUGGUAUCUAUAAUGUCUUGUUUACUGCAGCACCACCAAUGGCAAUUGGAUUAUUAGAUCGUUGCUGUAAUACAGAAACUAUUAUGCGUUUUCCAGCUAUUUACAGAAUGUCACAAAAUCGAACAGAUUUCAAUAUUAAAAUUUUUUGGACGUGGUGUCUUAAUGCAGUUUAUCAUUCGAUUAUCCUAUAUUUCAUGUCGUAUACUAUGCUUAAACAUGACGUUGCAUUCAGCAACGGACAAGUAGGUGAUUCUUUAUUCUUAGGCAAUAUGAUUUACACGUAUGUCGUUUUUACUGUUUGUCUCAAAGCUGGACUUGAAAGUGAUUCAUGGUCACUUUUUACACAUAUUGCAAUUUGGGGAAGUAUUGCUUCAUGGUUUAUCUUUUUUGCCAUAUACAGUUAUGUAUGGCCAACAUUCCCGGUGGCACCUGAAAUGCGUGGAAUGGCGAAAUAUGUUUUUUCAACUCCAUAUUUUUGGUUCGGCCUAUUACUCAUUCCAAUAACAACAUUGUUUGCUGAUUUUGUCUAUAAUUGUAUUCAACGAACAUUUUACAAAACAUUAAUGCAAGAAGUACAAGAAAAAGAAGUUGCACAUCAAGAUCCAUCUGAUUUAGUUAAUUCAAGACAACCACCAACAACUUCACGUGUUGCUGAACGAUUAGCAUUAUUAAAAAGUGUUUUUGUCCGACCAAAAACACCAAAAACAACGGGCAUUAGUGAUAGACCAUAUCAUGGUUUUGCUUUUUCACAAGAAGAAAAUGGUGUUAUACCACAAGAUCAAUUAAUUCGAAACUAUGAUACAAGUAUUAUAAAACCAUCAGGACUUUAA